AUGACGACGGAGCCACCCAGCUUCCCCUUCCAGCGGGCCUCGGCCAUGGAGCCACCUGCCGACGUCGCCUGGCUUGUCACCAAGUACAAGGACGUGACGGCUGUCGCAACGGACCCUCGGCUGUCAAAGGAACGUACGCGGCCCGGUUUCCCGGAGCUGAGUGCCGGGGGGAAGGCGGCGGCCAAGGCCAGGCCGACGUUUGUGGACAUGGACGCGCCAGAUCACAUGCGACAGAGGGGCAUGGUCGAGCGGUGGUUCUCAUCGGAGCACGUCGAGGCCCUGCGGCCGUUCAUGCAAAAGACUGUCGACGACCUGCUGGAUGGCCUUGCAGCCAGGGGGUGCGCGGAGGGCCCCGUGGACCUGGUCAAGGAAUUCGCGCUGCCCGUUCCAUCAUACAUCAUCUACACGAUUCUCGGCAUCCCUCCCCAGGAUCUCGAGAAGCUGACCCGCCACGCCGAGAUCCGCUCCAACGGAAGCUCGACGGCACGAGAGGCCUCUGCCGCAAGCCAGGGGCUGCUCGACUACCUCGCCAAGCUCGUCGACCAGCGAAGCAAGCAGCCCGAGGACGAUCUGAUCAGCGAUCUGGUCGUCCACCAGGUGCGGCCCGGGCGCCUCGAGGCGGCCGACGCCGUGCAGGUUGCGUUUCUGCUGAUUGUCGCCGGCAACGCAACCGUGGUCAGCAUGAUUGCUCUGGGAGUGGUGACGCUGCUGCAGCAUCCGGAGCAGCUGGCGCGGCUGAGGGCCGACGCAUCGCUGGCGCCGCUGUUCGUCGAGGAGCUCUGCCGGUACCACACGGCGUCUGCACUGGCCAUGAAGCGGACGGCCAAGGUCGACGUCGAGAUUGGCGGCAAGCUCAUCAAGGCCGGCGAGGGCAUCAUCGCGUCCAACCAGUCGGCCAACAGGGACGCCGACGUCUUUGCCGACCCCGACUCGUUCGACAUGUUCCGCUCCUGGCCAGCGGGCAAGGACCCCCUCGGGUUCGGAUGGGGCGACCACCGCUGCGUCGCAGAACGGCUGGCCAAGGCGGAGCUGGAGACGGUGUUCUCCACCCUCUUCCAGCGGCUGCCGGCGCUCAGGCUGGCGGUGCCGUUUGACGAGAUCAGCUGCACGCCCCUGCACAAGGACGUCGGCAUCGUCGAGUUGCCUGUGACUUUCUAG